CUGAAUUUUUUUAUUAUAAUUUUCUUUCAACUAAAAAAAGGACACUUUUCCGAAUCGAACCGCCAAAAAAAAAAAAAAUGGUAUCUCUCCGCUUCCCAUUCUCGUUUCCUCAGCCACCAAAGCCCCCUCGCCAUAGCUUUCUCCGCCCCUCCUACGCCGUCGCCGCCGCCGCUGUAGCCGGCGGCGCUGCGGUGGCAGUCGGAUUUAUCGCUGCAACUAAAAAUUGGACGAACCCACACAGCCCAUUUCUUGAAAGCGCAUUGAAUUCGCUCUUCUCAAAUCAUUCAUCGCCCUUGUGGGCUUCUCUAUCUCUGGCGGACAAUUCGGCCGCCUCUUCAGUUGUUGACUCGAAGACUGGAUUUUCGUUUCCGUCUGUAAUUGGAGAUUCUCAGCAGCUUCUCGGAAUUGGGUUGCGGAGAAAAGCCAUUUUGGGACUGAAGAACAUCAAUGUUUAUGCAUUUGGUGUUUAUGCUGACAAUGAUGACAUAAAGGAAUCACUGAGUGAGAAGUAUGGGAAACUCACUGUAUCUGAACUACAAGAAAAGGACUUUGACAAAGAUGUCAUGGAAGGUGAUAUAUGCAUGACUGUUAGACUUCAAAUAGUCUAUGGAAAACUGAGCAUCCGAUCGGUUCGAAGUGCAUUUGAAGAGUCGGUUGGAAACCGACUCCAGAAGUUUGGGGGUUCAGACAACAAAGAAUUGCUUCACAAAUUCACUUCCCAAUUCAAAGACGAGUAUAAAAUACCUCGAGGAUCUGUGAUUGAUCUCUCGAGAGAACGAGGGCAUGUCCUCCGUACAAUAAUUGAUGGGAAGGAAGUGGGAAGCAUCCAGAGUCAAUUACUGUGUAGAGCUAUUUUAGAUCUCUAUAUUGGUGAAGAUCCAUUUGAUAGACAAGCCAAAGAAGACAUCAGACAAGCUUUAACUUCCAUUCUUCAGAAGUAAGAGGGGAAAAAGGAAAACAAAAGAAAGGCAAUUUUAGGGCAAAAUAAAAGAGAGAGGAAAAAAGAGGAGAGGUUGAUGCUUCCUUUUUGUUUUGAAAUUGCUGAUAUUUAAAAUGAUUUUUCUUUUUUUUUAGCGGUUGAAUUUAGAUUUUUCUGGUCAA